GCCAGCCCGACGUCCGGCGAGGGGAGGAGGCGGCUCGAGCGCCAUUUUGUCGGAGCGCAGCGGUGGCGGUGUCGGCGGCCGUGCCAGGGCUAGCUUGUGUUCCACUCGCUCGCCUGUCCGGGGCCCAGCGGCGGCCACGCGGGAAUAUUAAGUAAAGAUGUCUGAAUACAUUCGGGUAACGGAAGAUGAGAAUGAUGAACCCAUUGAGAUUCCCUCAGAAGAUGAUGGGACAGUGCUGCUGUCCACGGUCACUGCCCAGUUUCCAGGGGCAUGUGGACUUCGCUACCGGAAUCCAGUGUCUCAGUGUAUGAGGGGUGUACGACUUGUAGAAGGAAUUCUGCAUGCUCCUGAUGCUGGCUGGGGAAAUCUGGUAUAUGUUGUCAACUAUCCAAAAGAUAACAAAAGGAAAAUGGAUGAAACAGAUGCCUCGUCAGCAGUCAAAGUGAAAAGAGCUGUACAGAAGACCUCUGAUUUAAUAGUCUUAGGUCUUCCCUGGAAAACAACUGAGCAGGAUUUAAAAGAAUAUUUUAGCACUUUUGGAGAAGUCCUUAUGGUGCAGGUCAAGAAAGACCUUAAAACUGGUCAUUCAAAAGGAUUUGGUUUUGUUCGUUUCACGGAGUAUGAAACACAGGUGAAAGUGAUGUCACAGCGCCACAUGAUAGAUGGACGGUGGUGUGACUGUAAACUUCCUAAUUCCAAGCAAAGCCCAGAUGAGCCUUUGAGAAGCAGAAAGGUAUUUGUUGGGCGAUGUACAGAGGACAUGACAGCUGAUGAAUUGCGGCAGUUUUUUUGCCAGUAUGGAGAAGUGGUAGAUGUCUUCAUUCCCAAACCAUUCAGGGCCUUUGCCUUUGUUACAUUUGCAGAUGAUCAGGUUGCCCAGUCUCUUUGUGGAGAGGACUUGAUCAUUAAAGGAAUCAGCGUACAUAUAUCCAAUGCUGAACCUAAGCACAAUAGCAAUAGGCAGUUAGAAAGAAGUGGAAGAUUUGGUGGUAAUCCAGGCGGCUUUGGAAACCAGGGUGGGUUUGGUAACAGUCGAGGGGGCGGAGCUGGUUUGGGAAAUAACCAAGGUAGUAACAUGGGUGGAGGGAUGAAUUUUGGAGCUUUCAGCAUCAAUCCUGCUAUGAUGGCUGCAGCCCAGGCAGCCCUGCAAAGCAGCUGGGGUAUGAUGGGCAUGUUGGCCAGCCAACAGAACCAGUCGGGCCCAUCCGGCAACAACCAAAGUCAAGGCAAUAUGCAGAGGGAACCCAACCAGGCUUUUGGUUCUGGAAAUAACUCAUAUAGUGGCUCUAACUCUGGUGCAGCAAUUGGUUGGGGUUCAGCAUCAAAUGCAGGGUCAGGCAGUGGAUUUAAUGGAGGCUUUGGUUCAAGCAUGGAUUCCAAAUCAUCAGGUUGGGGAAUGUAGACAGUUCUGAUAACUAUGGUGGGAAUUAAAUUUUUCUAAACUCAUGGUAAGUAUAUUGUAAAAUACAUAUGUACUAAACUUUUCAGAAUCAGUUUGUUCUGUGUGCAGUAUAUUCAGCAGUAUUUUUGACAUUUUUCUUUAGAAAAAAAGAGGAAAAAAAAUUAAAGGAAUUUUAUAAGUUUUGUUACAUAAAGGGUUGAAAUACUGAAUGGUUGAAAGUGAACUGCUAUUUGCCUGAUGGGUAAACUAACACACUACAAUUGAUUAUAAAAACGAUUUCUCCUGUGAUAUUUUAUCCCUGGACUUCUCGUCAAGUGAAUUUCUUUGCAUGUUCAAAAUGGAAACCAUUAGUCAGAACUACAUUCUCCUUGUUUUAAUUUGAUCCCCACCAUACAGAUUUUUCCUUAGAAAAAUCUCCAAUCUGGAGAACAUGGUGUCAUGAUGUUGGUAUUUUUGUUUGUUUUGUUUUUGUUUUGUUUUUUUAACACUGUCUCUCCUCAUAUACUAAAGUACGAUAUGAAGGCUUCAUUUAAUCUCUGCAGUUCAUCUCAUUUCAAAUGUUUAUGGAAGAAGCACUUCAUUGAAAGUAGUGCUGUAAAUAUUCCGCCAUAGGAAUACUUCUGUCUACAUGCUUUCUCAUUCAAGAAUACUUCCUCACCCUGCACAUGCUGCGUCUUUGACGGUGGGUGUCCCAUUUUUAUCCGCUACUCUUUAUUUCAUGGAGUCGUAUCAACGCUAUGAACGCAAGGCUGUGAUAUGGAACCAGAAGGCUGUUUGAACUUCUGAAACCUUGUGUGGGAUUGAUGGUGGUGCCGAGGCAUGAGAGGAUGGUAUGAGCGAGAAACAGGAGAGAGCGCGUGCAGAGACUUGGUGGUGCAUUGAACUUGGCGAGAUGUGUCUCUCGAUCCUGUGGCUUUGGUGAGAGAGUGUGCAGAGAGCAAUGAUAGCCAGUAAUGUACGAAUGUUUCUUGCAUUCAAAGGACAUCCACAUGUGUUGGAAGACUUUUAAGUGAGUUCUCUUCCUAGUUAACCAACUAGCUGAAUGUGUUAAGUGAAAUGAAUUAUUUGUAUUUUUCCCCUUAUGUCAACUGCUGUGAAUGCUGUAUGGUGUGUGUUCUUUUCUGUUAAUGAUAUGUAAGUGUGGUAACGUGACCUGAAGACGAUGGGGGCUGUGACUGGGAACAUUGACUGAGCUUGUGGUGUGCUUUGCAGGGUUUCUUUGAAGCAGAGUCCACCAGUGAGCUCAGGGUGUGUCUCAAAGAAGGGUGGAAGUUCUAAUGUCUGUAAGAUACCCCUAAGAAUGCUGUUUGCUGCAGUUCUGUGUUCUGUGCUUGGAUGCUUUUUAGAAGAUUUGUCAAUGUUGGAAAUUCUUAAAUAAAACUGAUUUAAAUAA